AUGCUCCACAGCGGUCUGUGGAGCAAGGGGAGCAGACAAAUGCCGAGCCUUCGACAACCAUUACGUGUUACGGAUGUCUUUAGAAAUCCAGACAAUAUACAAAUUCAAGUAGCCCUGGACAUUUUCUUUGAGCGCAUCUAUCCCCUUCCGGGAUAUGCCUUUCUGCACCGCGCCUCGCUGUAUGACCGGUUUCACAGAGGACAGGCCGACCAGAGCCUCCUUCUCUCAAUUAUCGCUGUUUCGACUUGUUUAACGGAGACAGACUCGUCGAAGCGUGAGUACGCGGCUCAAUGCCUGACCAAGGCAGAACAGCUUAUUGUUAACAAUCUUUCUCAACCGUCCAUUAUUCGAACGCAGGCAUUACUUUUGAUAGUACGGUGUAAGAUGUGCCUUGGGCAGUAUUCCUCUGCAUUUCCGCUUGUGUCGCUACUUUCUCGGUUUGCCUUUAGUUUACGAUUGAAUUACGACAACCAGAGAGUUUGCUUUCUGGCCCGGGAAGCUCGUCGUCGUCUUAUGUGGGCCAUCUAUAUGCUUGACCAAACCUGGGCGGCGGGACUAUUAGAAUUCACCACCUGCCCAGUAGAUGCUAUCUAUGUUGGCCUUCCGUGUCCCGAGGACAUAUGGGAGCUGGAUGUUUCUCCGGAGACCGAAGUACAACUCAAGUCACAGACUAAACUUCCUGGAUUACUAGCAGCAAAUGUCUGUGUCUCCUACUUAAGGGACAAGGUCCUGCGCCAUGCAAAGCGAUUUGCCGCCGGGAAUUGCAGUGCCAUUGAGAUAAUGUAUGGGAUACGAGAGCUGGAAACUGAGCUCGAGCAGUUCUAUCUCCGCCUGCCUCCAUCAAGUGCCUAUUCAGAGAGGAAUCUAAGACUCCGUGCUCAUUCAUCCUGGCUGCCUCGGUUUAUUGUUCUACAUGUCCUAUGGCAUCAAUGCUACUGCGACCUGUAUCGCUGCAUUACUAGUGGACUAAUCGAGUCUGUUCCGGCAUCCACCUUGAAUGAAUUUGAUACUGCAUUUGUUCUCAGGUGUCGGGAACAGUGCACGCACCAUGCAGUACAGAUUGCAGGUAUUCUUACCUCGCUGACCGAUCUCAGGUUGGAGUUCUUAGUCCUCCCACUGGACGUGGCUGUUUGUGCGUACCAGUGCAUACGCCUCCUCCUCCAUGGCCAGAAGACACAUGAGCAUAAGAUACCAGUAUCCGGGGAGAUGAUCAAGCAUUAUCAACGAUCAUGUUUGCAAAUUAUACAGACUGUAGCUCGGACUUCACCUUCAGUUCAGACAAUCGAACGUGACUUCAAAGAUCUCAUAGAUGAAACUCAGGAUCAUAACGAUCAUCCAGAGAACUGCCUUAAGCACAGCCAACAGCAAGGCCCUCGCCAGAUCCUCUCCAUUCAUAGCUUAAUUGCUAGAUCGGAGUUCAUUGACGAUAGCGAGGAGUUAGCACUCCAGGGUGCACAUGCUGGUGACAACUUCUCUGUCUAUGAGAAGCAUAACCACGAAUACGGCGGACCAUCAGGCACGUUGGAGCUACCACCCUCGUUGCCCAGUUUGGAUCCUGCGGAGGAUAUGACUCCAGACUCAAUUGUGGCAAGCCAAACGUGGCUACAGGGUGGCAAUGCAUUUGAGGGAGCAUGGGAUGAACCCGGAAUAGGGUUUGAUUUGAUCCGACAGAUGCAAUGGGAUGGUAUGGGGUAUUUCUGUUGA